GUGAGCACAUUCAAAAUCGAAUAUUGAAUAUUAAUUGUUAAAAAUAUGUUAAAUAUGGAAAGUGCUAGUGCCGCGGCGGGCCUGAGUAAAUCGCUCUCGACUCCAUUCUCGAUCAACGACAUAUUGACGCGCAGCAAGCCGCGACGUGUGUCCAGCUUGGAGCUGGAGUCGCAGCAGCGUCGUUCCUGCUCCAAAUCACCGCCUGCUGCGUCCGCUGCGCCGCUUUGUUGUCGCGAUUUGAGCAUCUACAAGUUGAGCGACAGUUUGCCACAUGGAAAUGCACACAGCAGUUAUUUGCAAUAUUAUGCCGCCGCCGCUGCUCUGGAUAACAAUAAUCAGGCCAACAGCAGCAGCUCCAAUAGCUCCACCAAACUGAGCUACUUUAAUGCUGCUGGCGCCGCUCUGGCGCCGCUUGACAUGCGACGUUGCACCAACAACGACUCCGACUGCGACUCGCCGCCGCCGCUGAGCAGCUCGCCCGCCUCCUGCACCGCCGCUGGCUACUCCAGCCCGCUCUCCCACGACGAUAGUUUGAGUGCUGGCGCCUUGAAUCGCAAGAAGCGCUCGCGUGCCGCCUUCAGUCAUGCUCAGGUCUUUGAGCUGGAGCGUCGCUUUGCCCAGCAGCGUUAUCUAUCCGGUCCGGAGCGCAGCGAAAUGGCCAAAACAUUGCGUCUAACCGAAACGCAGGUGAAGAUUUGGUUCCAGAAUCGUCGCUACAAAACCAAACGCAAGCAGAUUCAACAGCAUGAGGCCGCGCUGCUGAGCGCCACCAAGCGCGUGCCCGUUCAGGUGCUGGUCAGAGAAGAUGGCAGCACUGCCUACGCUCAUAUGACGCCAAGCGCUGCAGCCGCCGCCGCUGCUGGAUAUGCGCAUGGUUUGGAUCCAGCGCUGCUCAACAUUUAUCGUCAUCAGCUGCAGUUGGCCUACGGCGGCUUGCCGCUGCCCCAAAUGCACUUUCCCUAUUUCUAUCCGCACGCCAAAGUGCCGCAGCCCAUACCGCCGCCAAGUCAAGCCAGCGCCGCAGCCAACUAUGUCACCGGCUCCUCGGCUUCUUCCUCGCCCGCACGCGCUGCCAGUCCCAGUCAAAUGCUGGUGGAGAGCGGAGCGGAGAGCAAUCACUCGCUGGCAGAGGAUGCCGAAGAGAAUGUGGAAAUCGAUUAGAGGCUGCUGCCCAAGAAGCUGCCAGGCCAUGUGAUAGAGAAUUUUAGUGCGUAGC